AUGUCCGAAUCAUCUCAUCGUCUAGCCUUCCCAACCUCCUCCGAAGAGUUUGCGCUGCCAUCAACGUCGAGCGGCGCAUCUUCAGCAUCACCCGAUGAUGGACUGCCGAAUCCACUCUUCUUGCGACUGCGACGACCGACAUUGCUCUCCAAGUCAUCGUACUAUGCAGACAAGAGAAUACAAAGUCCAUUGGCAAUCUCGUUCACGGUGCCCUCCAGGAGGCGAGGGAGCAAUGGUGAAGAAUCAGAAAGCGACCGAGAGAGAAUGUGGUCCGAAGGCUCUCCAUCAAGCAGCUCAGGAAAUCCAACACCCCCGAUUACUCUUCCCUUAGAAGGAGACGACGAAAGUAACACUAGCACACGCAGUAUCGAGCCCCCCUCAACACCACCGCCAAGCCGUAGUCUGAGCUCCAACUUGAAUGCACUACAAACCGACGCUUUGGACACUCCCAUAGUACCGAUAUUGCGUCGUCCUACCUAUCCACUGAAGCCUCCGCGCAUAUUGAAUCUGCUAGCGGAACCACGACCAGAAGAGGAUGAACUCAAAUCUGAGGCAGCCUUCCAACGUCUGUUGGCAUCGUACUCCGACCUCCCCUCGCAACCUCGUACACCUCGUGCACCGUCAGACCGUGGUCGCUACCCUGAAGAAGUUGGCCACGAGGAUUCGCACGAGGAUCCGUUAAGUGACGAUGAUGACGAUGACGACGUCCAAGGCCUCUUUGCAUUUGACACACAGAACGAUUCGAUCAACAUCAAGCCUUGCACCCCUGCCCAUAGUGUAAACGGCGAUGAUUUGAGCAUGUCCCUCGCAGAAAGCCCGAUGGGAGUAGCCAUGGAUAUAGAUCCUCCUCUGGUAUCUCCCUCCAUCACUUCAACGCCCAUGUCUAUUCAUUGGCGAUACACGCCACCUCCGACGACAAGCGCUGUGCGCUCGAACAAGCGUAAAUUGGACGAUCGGUAUGAUCCAUAUCCCACAUCUGCAAAACGUCGGGCUGUGUCACCUUCCAUAUCGUACCUGCGAGAAACACACCCCUCACUUGUGUCGUACCCUCGGACACCUAGCUCUAGACCUCCGGUCGCGAUUCCUCUAUCCAUACCUCCGUCUAAUUCUACAUCAGCCACUUCAUCGCCAACCGUCACGUCCGGUUACCCCUUCCAAACUUACCCGAGUUCACGACAGGUGAACAUAGGAACCAUGAGCCUAUCUUCUAGCCCGGUGCUUCGGCCUUCUUUAGGGCUUGUGAGUCCGAUUUUACGUCCCAUUCUGCGAACGCGGAGGGGAGCUGAUGGCGAGGAAAGAGAAAUAGAGGGUGCAGGCGAAGCCGUGAAUGGAUUGUCACUAAGCUGA